AUGGAGCAUGCCUGCCUCAACAGGGUGACGACGAUCCUCGAGAAGCGGGAUGCCUUCGGCACUCACAUCAUCGGCUUCCGCAGAGGACUUUCGACGCAGAAUGCUAUGCUGCAAAUCAAGGAACUGGUCAUUAGGGCACCAAGCACGCACGUGCGCGCCCUGCUCGAGUUCCACCGGUACGUCAGCAGCUUCCUGAUCGGACGCAAGGCGACGGUGAAGGUCGGCGGUGCCCCACAACGAACAGAUGACAUAGGGGGUGCGGGUACUCCACAGGGCUCGGUGUUCUCUCCCAUGCUUUUCAACCUCAUUAUGAUCAGACUACCAGACCGUCUCGACGCAACGGAGGGCAUCAAUCACACUAUCUACGCAGACGACGUGACCGUGUGGACCACAGCGAGAAUGAGCGUUGGUGAAACGCAAGAGAGAAUCCAGCAGGCCGUGCGGGCCGUAGAGCAGCACCUCGAAGGCACGGGUCUCGUCUGCUCUCCCGAUAAAUCGGAAAUACUCCUGCAUAGACCACGCAAGAAAGGACCUCACCCGCAGGUUGUACUGGACGCCCGUCGCUUGGGCAUCCACGUCAUGACAAAGGAGGGGACCCAAAUACCAACGGUGUCCGAAAUACGAGUGUUCGGCCUGUGGAUGGAAGAGAACAGUCCGAACUACGAGCUGGUAGCAUGA